GAAGCUGCUACCGCCGAUUAGAAGUGUCACCGAUUCUCACCAUUUCAUUUGGGUCAAAAGAGAGGAAAAUACAGAGAGAGAGAGAGAGACCAUCUACUCGGCUGGGUCUCACCUGCCCCGAGAUCCCAGGUAAAAUAGAAGACAUGGCAGUCAAACGCUCAUCUCGACACACAGCUGAAUCAGACAUCAGGGACCAACAAGAACUCCCGAUUAGCCAAAUGGAGACCAAAAGGUCCGAGAUCAGCGAAUACAAACGCUGUACAAAACUGUGCCUCCCAGAGAAAGUUUUAACCGAGGGAACGGCAAAACAAGAAACUGAUGAAAAUGGAAGCAAAUAUUCAUACAUUGCACAAGCGACAGGUGUGGGGAACCAGAAGCUCAUUCCCAGUUGUGAGAAGCCGCAGUUUAUAGCAACACCCAACAGUUACAGCAACCAUGCAGAAAGGCUGAAUUUGGAAAGUGUUCCAAACAAUGUGGCAAAGGUGGUUGAAGGGCAACUGCCUCGCCUGCAGCAGGGCCGGGAACUCAAUAAACGCCCCCGGAGGAAGCAUGGGAAGAGGAAAUCCAAACAUAAGGUCAAAGGCAGGACCAAAGCUCUGCAAAAACGAUCAAAAACCCCUGAGCAGGAGAGCUGCCCUCCAAUACCAGUACAAGAAGACGAUGCUGAAAACAGCACGUCCGACUUUUGCAGCAGCUCCACCAGCAGCGGCAGCAGCAGCCGUUGUGAGCUUGAACAGGCUCACCUUAGCACAGCCGGGAGAGAUUCCCAUGCCUUCCGUGGAUUGGGACUGCAGAACCGCUUCCGGGAAGAUGAGAAGAUUGAGAAUAUGUACUUCAAUAUCAAGCACUUGGAGAACAGGGUGAAGAAGUCCAACGUCAGGCCCAUUCCCUCACCGUCCAUGAAAAAUGGUGGCCUUGUGCAUGAUAUGCCUUAUCCAAAAUUGGCAAAGAAUUUAGAGUGGAAGUUAAACAUGGACAGAGUGCCACAGCCUGAAUUGAACCAGGAUCCAGCUGAGACACUCACCUGCCUCAAAAAGCAGGAACUUUAUUUGAAAAAUAAUGCAGCUAUGCUCUACAUCAAUGAUGAGGAAGGAGACACGGGAAUACGUAUUCCCGAUUCGAUAAGUGCAGAAGAGACUUCUCCACCACAAUUCUCUGCCUUGCACACUGAUUGUAGGAAGGACCAUGUUAUCUCUGACAAUUUAAAGCUCUUGAGCAAUCAUGCACUACAGUGGAAAAAAUACUCGGAAGGGUGGAAACAGAGGGAAAAGCUGCCAGAAACCAAUGAGGGCAUCCUUCAAUAUGAGAAAUUAAAGCCUGUGGACUAUGAGUACAAAGAAAACCUGCAGUGGUCACUCAUCUCCACUCAUCUUGGCGUUGGAACCUUUGGAGAAGUGUAUAUGGCAAAGGAUCACUCAACUGAGUUCACCUGUGCUGCUAAAAGGAUUCACGUGAGUAAUUUCCAACCACAGGAGUUGUUGACCUGGAGCAAGUUGAACUCCCCGCGAAUUGUUCCACUGUAUGGGGGAAUACGGGAAGGAGAGAUGAUCACCCUCUUUAUGCAGCUGAUUCAAGGUGGAUCAGUUGCACAACUAAUAGUGAAUAAAGGGCCUCUUCCUGAAGCUCUGACUCUGCAUUACACGGGCCAUGUACUGGAGGCACUAGAACAUCUACACUCCCUUGGAAUUGUGCAUGGAGAUGUAAAAGCGGACAAUGUACUGAUAUCACAGAGAGGCUUGGAGGUUUAUCUCUGUGACUUUGGACAUUCCACACAGUUAACAUCAGCGGGAAAGAGCACAUUACAUGGCAGUCACUGCUUAGGUACAGUGACGCACAUGGCUCCAGAGAUAGUUGCAGGCCGUGAAUUUGGUGUUAAUACAGAUAGCUGGAGUGUUGCUUGUAUGAUGUUACACAUGUUAACUGGCCACCAUCCCUGGAAAAAUAUACCAACGAAUCAGCUGCUCCUUAAGAUUGUGACAGAAGAUCCCCCAGUGGAUGAAAUCCCGCCCACAUGCAGUCUACACACAGCUAAUGUGAUCAGGGCUGCUUUGGUAAAGGAUCCAAAACACAGAGCUACUGUAUCUGAACUUCGUGCAGAAGUGAACAGAGCACUAGCUAUAUUGCGACAACGAGCUAUGAGUGGUUGUCAGACUAAUGUUCAGAAAGUGACUUGUGCUGCUAAGUCAGAUGAUGGCAACUGUAAUAGUCCAGUGAAUCCUGCGUCGAUGGAGCAGAAUGUUGGGCACUGUCCCAUGAAAGGCCGGCCUCCUCCAGGAUCGGAGCCAGUGCCAGCUGCUGGAGACUCAAACAAGCACAGAUUCCGUUGCCUGAAGGGAGGCCAACUCAAAAUGGGCUCAGUGGAAACGCUGACCAAGAAAAGUUCAUCACAGGCCUGUCGAAGAAGGCCACGACCAAAGCACUUAAUUAGACUGGCUUGUAACUUUAGCCAGCUGCUUCUGCAAGAUGAGGAGAUUCAGUUCCCUGAAGAAAUGGCAGAGUCUUUGAGUGAUGAGGAAGAUCUGUCCACUCCUUCACCACUGUUGUCAUUGUCUUCCCUCCAGAACACUGAAGCAGACAAGAAACUCUUGGAGGAAUAUGGGAAACUGCAGAAAGAAUUUCUACUUUACAACUUAUCUCAAGUGUUCCCAGAAAAGUUGGAGGACCACAUAUUAGACGUGUUAAGCAGUGACGCAUACAGUAUAAUGGAAGACUAUGACAAGGAUUCUCAGAAAGGAAUGCCCAGCCUAAGUGGUAACUACAGUUCUGGAAUUCACUCAAUGUCAUGGAACAGUCAGACUGAUGGACUUAGUGCCAGCUUUAGCCUCAGUCAACGACUAGAUCACCAGCAGGACAUGCCAAGCCUCUUCAAUGGGGUUGAGGCCAGAAUUCACACAUUCAGUGGAGAGUGUUUGAUUGUACAUGAUAAGCGAAGGGCUACAGUUGGCCAGGUGGCCACAGGAAUCAGUAAUCUGAUCCAGAUACCCAGUUUCUCUCUGGUGAAGCAAAAUGGACAUCCUAUUUCUCCUGACUUUGAAAUCCCGGAGUCUGGAAUUGACCUGAGGUGCACUCCAGCUUCCAACUACAGCAAUUCCUGGACCUGGAGGGUUAAGGAUGGAAACCUUAAUUUCAAAUAUUAAUUUUUUUUCUGUGCAUUUUGGGAUUAUAACUCCCACUUUCUCAUCCCUGGCUCAGAUUCUCUCAACUCAUUUGGAUACCAGAAUCACAUAGUCCAAACCACAAGUAGAGUCAACUGUUCUUAAUUCAAAGUUGCUGUUAUGUUGACUUAUCGGGUAAAUUCCCAAUUGGUUGUGUUGCUUGCAUUGCCUCACUUGGAUUGUUAAUUAAUUAGAAUUUUUUAGCAUUAAGAAUAUAAUUUCAAAAACAGUAACAUUACUAAGCAACUCAGACCAUCUAAUUGUUUGCAAGUGCAGUACCUCCCUGUUUAUAACUGCAUUAUGCCAGCACUGGUGAAUGUUAAAUAACUAAAUAGAUAACUUCAUUGAAAUGAAUGGGAUCUCUUCCACAUUAUUAGGGAAAUAAAAUUGCUGAGAACCUGCUAUUGUCAGGCAAAUAACCAUAUUCCGCUUAGCACCUUGGGGUUGAAUAUUUGUGGAGAGUUCUCCUUUUUAUGAGAAGUUUUGAUAGAGUGCUUAUGACAAGAUAAUUGUCAUAGGAACCAGAAUGGAGAUGAGGAGAAUUAUUUUAACCAUUAUAAUCUGGGAUGCCUUUACUGCCUAAAAGGGCAUUGGAAGGAGAUUCAUUAGUGACUUUCAAAGAGGUAUUGGAUGAACACUUGAAGGGAAAAGAAUUGCAGGGCUAUGGGAAAUAGUGGGAGUGUGGAACUAAUUGGUAAGCUCUUUCAAAGAGCAGGAUGGUCCAAAUGGCCUCCUUCUGUGCUGUAUGAUUCUCUGUUCAUCUGCUGUAACAACAGAGGAUUUCCAAGAAAUACUGGAAAAGCUUCAUGGACAUUCAUCUCAUUUCUCCAGAAUUCCUGCAAAUCUUCUCCUAUUACUUUAGGUGAACCCCCAUAGAAAUCCAAGCCCAGUGUAUGUAAAUGAAAAUAAGUGGCAGACAAAUUGAUACUUUACACCCUCUUCAAAUUAAGCGGGUCCAUAACUGAGCACGACAAACACACAAACAUGAAACAGCAAAGAGUAAUGCAUAACAUAAGGAUUAGUUAUAAUGGUGAAAUCCUUUAACAUGCAACUGGAGAACUAACCUUCAGAAACCAGACUCUGCAGAUGCACCUGUGUGAUGCUUGGCAUCAGUUACCUUUUGGUUUAGAUUUUACGCUUCAGUCACUUAAAGACCAAUCAUUGCACCAAUGCGCCCAGACACAAGCUCUUUUGAAAGAGGUAUCACCGGUUUGUGCAAAUGGGUUUUCAAAGGAGAUUUGAGCCAAUGCUUUUUUUUUCUGUUGCUGCUCCAGUGAUAUAUUUUACAUCACUUACAGUUAUGUUUCAUUAUUAUAGGUUUUGAAUGUAACAUUGAACAAUGCUUCUUUCACUUAGUGUCCUUUGGUAUCACAGAGAAACAGAAUCACCUUUGGCUGAUUCAAAAAUAUGAGCAGGCAGAAAGAGAUAUUACACUGGACAUUUGAGAUAAGCGAGAAUAUUGGUCUUUUGGCCACUUUUUUUUGCCACUGAUACCACCAUCAACCUUGACGGGUAAUGGUUCAGUUGCCUGUUGACAUUUUUCUCCCCCUCCAGUUGAGGCUGCUUAAGCUGUUCACAACGCAGUGUUCAGUGGGGAUGUACCAGAUAGUGCUGGCCGUGGAGGCUGAAGAGCAAAACUAUUGGCCGUCACGCGGAGUCUGUCAUCCUGUCGAAUGUUGCAAGGAGUGAGACAUUCCACCUCAUGUGGGGUCAUGGUGAUGCACUCUUUCCCCAUGAAAAACAUUACUUUGUGUCAGCUGUGGUACAAGGUGGUGACGAUGCCAUAGGGAUCUGCAUCCUGACCACCUGCCCUUCCAAGAGGCAGAACUUUGGGAAACAAGAAGCUGCCGUGGAAUGGGAAGAGGGAAGGAGAAACUAAAAUGUGUCUCCUUUUGGGAGAAUAAACAAUAGGCAACAAUUUUGCGUUUAUUUGUGUUCUGUGAAAGAACUAAUGUAUUCAAGAUUCUAAUGACAGUGGAUCACAGAGGAUUACUACUGAGGUGGAGCUUUGGUAAAUUGUGGGAGGGUCACAAAGGAUCCUUCCUGUACAUGUCCAGGAUAAUGAAUAUGAUCUGCUCUUUGUUACUGAUCAGUUUUAAAGUGAAAUAAAAGAGAGAAUGCUGGAAAAGCUUAGCAGGCCUGGUAGCAUCUAUGGGGAGAGAAACAGAGUUAACAUUUCUGAGCUCUGAAGAAGAGUGAUAUGGACUCGAAACAUUAACUUUGUUUCCCGCUUCACAGAUGCUGCCAGAUCUGCUGAGUUUUUCUAGCAUUUCCCGUUUUUAUUUCCAGUUUCCAGCAUCUGCAGUAUUUUGCUUUUAUCUAAGUUUUAAAGUGAUUCUGGUUGCUGGGAAGCUCUGAAGUGACUUGCCCAAAUUCAUUUUACUAUGAAAAGGUAUCCUCAGAUCUACCUAGAUAUAUUUAAUAAGGAAUAAAUGCUGUGAUAUAUUUCUGCAUGUUAAUAUAGAAUACGAUUCUGUAUAGCAAUACGAACAGUGACCUGUGUGGAGACUGUGCAGGAUGUUUUCUAUUUCUUGGGAUUUAUGUCAAUCCUGAGAUUUGUAUGUAACUUUUCUAUCACUUGCUUCAUUUUACAAAGUGCAAUUGUGAAACUGCACAAGGGGCCGAGCAUGAGGACUUGAAAGAAAAUUUCCAGUUUCACUAGUCAGCAAGCCAUCUUCAUUCUGCAAGACUGCUGAAUGUUCUUAUGUGCUUUAGUCUGUCAUACCUGAGACAGGGCAGUUUAUAAGCUUUGGGGUUACAUCAUGGGUCUGGUAUAAGUCUCUGGGUUGGACUGAAAUUGAGGUGUUGGUACUUUCUGUUUAAAACUAGAAUGUUUAAUUUGUGGUGCCAUCAAACAGAGCGGCUUCAGCAGCUUUGAAUCAGUGCUAAUGGCUUGUGUAUAUGCCCCACACCAAACUGUGGUGGCCCACAAUUAAAGGGCAGACAGACAGUGGUCUCAUCAGUACGAACUACCAUAUAUUCCAUUAGCACUGGAAACAUAAUGCUCUUCCCCUCAAUUGAGUUUGAGCUGCCAAUCGGAUAUAUGGGACAUUUUUUCAUUUAUUUUUAAGUAUAGAUAUAUAUAAAUAUAUUUUUGAAAUUGUAUUUCUUGAAUGGAAAAUCACUUUAAUGUUAUAAUAAUAUAGCUAUUAAUUUGAAGCAUGGGCUUUGCUGUUCUGAAGAAACUUGGAAAUUUACACUGAGGGUCAGAUUUUAGUGGAGCCAUGAAGACUCUGCAGACCUUUAGAAAUGGCGGGCUGAACACCGGUGUUAAAGUCCCAUCCCCAUUUCCAACAGAUCCAAUUUUCCCCGUGCAGGUUGGUUUGGAUUAAUAGGGGUUAGCUCGGUAUGUGGCAAAGGAUUGCAGUUGGGUUUAAACUUAAAUUGUUGUGUCCUGAUAGGAUGGAAUGAGAGUAACAUACGUUUAAGGAGAAUUCAAACUUUUUGACUUCAUAAUGAAACUUUACUUACAUUACCAACAAUUGAUACACAGCUUAGAGAAUCGAGGAUAUUGUGUAAUGUCGUUACCAGUCAUUUUCAGCGUUUUAGUAUCUAUCUUUACGGAGCGUGUUUUAUGACCUGGCAUACAUUGCCUGAAAGGGUGCUGGAACUGGAUUCAAUAACUUUCAAAAGGGAAUUGAAUAAAUACUUGAAGGGAAGAAAACUUGAAGAUUAUGAAGGAAGGACAGGGAAGUGGGAUUAAUUAGAUAGCUUUUGCAAAGAGUCAGCACAGGCACUAUGGGCUGAAUGACAUUCUCCUGUGUGAUGAUUCUAAAAUAUGCUAUAGAAAAAGAUAGUAUUUAGCUAAAAUAUUUGAAUGUGUAAUGUUCUGCGUUCAUCACCUGAUGUUGCUCCCGCUGCUGAUUACAACUCUUUCAUCAUCAGCACUUUUGCCUGUUGGCAUAGUUUAAAAGACUUACUUUGAAAUGUGUAUUUGGAAGACAGUUUGCACUGUUGGAUCUUUUUCAUUUGAAGUAGAUGUAUAGCUUGGGAGUCUCUCACUCCCUUUAUUAGCCUUUACUAAAAUGCUAGUGACAAUGCUAUCAUGAUUGUAGACUCUAUAAUCUGGUUGUGCACACUGGUGUUGGUGCUACAUUUCAAGUCCUGUGCCCUUCCUUGUGUUUUAUUGAAUGUGCCUUAAAAUGAUUAUGCUACUGACAGGUGAAUGUAACCUUUGCUUUGAUGAUUGUGGCCACAAUAGUUUAGCGGUUUGUACUUUUAUCCAAUGGAAAUCUGUGAAAGGCUUAUUUCAUUCACCUGAAGAAAUGAUACUUUUUGAAAUAAGUUUACUUUGAAAUGUUAUGCUUUUUUUCCUGAAAUAUCAAUUUGCACAAUACAUUUGAAUGAUACCCAAAGUAAAAUAAUAAAGCACUUCUGAAGCUCUA